GUUUCCCGUGACCUUGAAUUUGCUUUAAAGCCUUCCCACCACUCCCUCUUUUUCCUCUCAUUUUUCCCACGCCUCUCUCUCCCUCUCCCUCCAUCUCCGUUAAAGCUUUCCUCCAUCGCCACCUCAGACCACCACUCUCCAUUUGUUUCCAAAUUAUUACAACUUCCAUAAUCCAUUGCUUCUUUCUUCCCAUUUCCGUCCAAGGCUGAAACCCUAGAAGCUUACAAAAACAAGGAGUAUAUUCAAGCCAAUUUGUAUUGUACUAUGGCAUCGUUGAUCUCAAGCCCCGAAUCAAAUUCAGACAUCUCGCAAGAAUUCAAGCACAGGAAGAAGCGAAGAAAACUCUCUCACGAGACGCAAGAUCAGUGCCAAAAUGACAACCGAAUCUUGAACAAAUCAAGGUGGAAAACUCAAGCUGAGCAGCAGAUCUAUUCCUCUAAGCUUCUAGAAGCUCUCUUCCGAUCUCGUCGGAGUAACUCGACUACUGCUGCGGCAAAAGGCAGAGUAAUUAGAGAAACUGCCGACAGAGUCCUUGCAGUCGCAGCAAAAGGCACGACUCGGUGGAGCCGUGCGAUUCUGGCGGGAAGGCUUAAGUUGAGGAGGGUUAAAAAGGUUAGGAAAGUGAAGGUAACGGGUGAGAGCCGGUUAAGGAGGAAGGACAUGGCGAGAGAUAAGAGGAGAUUACCGGUUUUGGAGGAUAAAAUGCGUGUUUUGAGCCGGUUGGUUCCCGGUUGCCGGAAGGCACCUUUUACCAGUCUUUUAGAGGAAGCGAGCGAUUAUAUCGCAGCUUUGGAGAUGCAGGUCAAAGCCAUGACGGCUCUCACAGAUAUUCUCGGCGCCGGUGAGGUUGCGCCGGUUACCCCACAGGCUGGUUGAAUAGUCAAUAACAACGUGUUAGUUAUGCCUGAUGCUAUUACAUUUUUUUAUUUUUAUUUCCUGUAUUUUCUUUUUUAUAUUUUUUCCCUGUACUUUAUUGUAUACGUGAUUUUCUCCCUUUA